UUGAAUCAGAGAAUAUUCAACAAAUUGUCAACUAAAUCUCUUCAUAUUAUGAAAGAUACCUUUAUCUUAUUUACAAGAUAUUGUCGGAAUAAAAGCCCAUUUAGAGAAUGUAAAAUCCCUACUAAUGAUGGAAAGCAAUGAUGUUCGGAUUCUGGGAAUAUGGGGAAUGGAAAUAGUCGGUAAAAUGAUAAUAGUAAGAGCGAAUUUUGAUAUGCUCUCACCUCAAUUUGAUGGUGCUUGUUUCCUAGCGCAUAUAAAGAAAAUAAAGAAAUGCAAUCUUUGCAAAAUAUCGUUCUCUCUGAACUGCCAAGGUAAAAAACAAGAAUACACAAAUAAUAUGGAGGACCGGAAGCACUUGAUGGCUCGUAGACUUCAUUUUAAGAAGGUCUUAGUUGUGCUUGAUGACAUAAAUCACGGAGACCAUUUGAAUGACUUAACAUGGGUUCUUGAUUGGUUCAGCAAGGGAAGUAGGAUUAUUGCAACAAAAAGAGACAAACAUUUGAUAGAAAAAAAUGUAGUGUAUGAAGUGACUUUACCAAUUGAUCAUCAAUUGUUCAAUCAACAAGCUUUCAAGGAGGAAGUUCCAGAUAAUUCAUUUGAGAAGCUAACGUUGGAGGUGGUAGGUCAUGCGAAUGGACUUCCUUUAGCCCUAAAUGCGUGGGGUUCUUUCUUACAUAAUAGGGGCAUAACUGCGUGGAGAAGUGCUACAGAGCAAAUGAAAAUGAACUCAAAACCAGAAAUCGUUGAAAAACUCAAAAUUAGCUAUGAUGUAUUUCUAGAUCUAGCAUUCUUCAUAUGAGGGGAAACAUAAGAUAAAUCAUGCAAAUUCUUGAGAGUUUA